AUGAUCGAAUUCUCGUUCGGAAUCCCUCGGCUUUUCGCGGGGAAACUUCCAGUUGACACGUGGAACAGCGAGCAAUUGCGAUGAUGUUACGUCUUCUGUUCGCAGGAUGGUAUUGGACCCCAAGGUUACGAGUCUGCAUAGUGAUUACGGAAGCUUCGAUCGACCAUUGGGCGCCGGAGAGGGCCACGAGAGAGACGUCGAAGCGGCGGUUGAUGGAAGUAGCAACGGGAUGGCACAGUCGAGUGACGUUUACCAACGGCAGCCGUUAUUACCUGGUGCACCAACCAAGGGCAAGGAUAAAUGGUCUGGGGUGGCAUCCGGCUCCGACUAUUACGUGGACGACGAGGACGAGAAGAUAGACAGUCUUCGUCGGCAUCCUGGCAUCCCAAAUGGCUCUGGGAACGGUGUCGUUAAGCUCGACAUACCUGCGCCUCUUCGGGAAGAGCCUCGUUUCCCUAAAGAGAAAUGGAAAACGUUUCUUGCAUUUCUAUUCAUGGUCGUAAACUUCAUAUUGACCACUGCGUCCCUUGCAAUGGUGCACGAACGGGUCCCUGAUCGAAACACAUACGGACCGCUACCGGAUAUAGUGUUGGACAAUGUUGCCGCCCAGGAUUGGGCCCUUAACGUGUCGGAAGUCUUAAUUAUGAUAAUGUCCAACUCAGCAAUGGUUUUUAUUAUUUUCCAUAAGCAUAGGUUUAUUGUUGUUAGGAGAAUAUUUCUUUUGAUGGGACUGCUGUAUAUGAUGAGGAGUAUCACAAUGUACGUGACGGUACUGCCUGUUGCCAGCAAAACGUAUUUCUGCAGCCCUAAAGCAAACAACACUAGUCCCCUCCUCGUUACGAAGAGGGUUUUGCAGCUCAUUUCAGGCUUCGGCUUGUCUAUAAACGGCAAGCACACUUAUUGUGGGGAUUACAUUUACAGCGGCCAUACAGUCGUGCUUGUACUUAAUUCUCCAAAAAGAUUUCAACCUAUUCAUUGGCUUGCUGGAAUUGCUGUUCUUACUGGGGUAACUAUGGUCUUGGUAGCUCACGGACAUUAUACCGUGGAUGUUCUCAUAGCAUACUACGUAACUACACGCUUAUGGUAUAUUUAUCAUACGCUAGCUAAUAAUUCGCAUCUUAAGCAAUACGAACCAAACAACUUUUUGGCCCGACUCUGGUGGUUCCCUAUCUUUAAGUAUUUCGAGAAAAACGUGGGAGGCACGGUGCCACGACAAUACGACUGGCCUUUACCAUGGCCUCGACGAUUCCUUGCCAAGCACCCUAAUCGGGACAGUUAAUGUCCGUCUUUGAUUUCAUGAUAGAGGCUGUCAAACAACGGAGUUACUUUGUUGUAAUUUGUAUACUCCGAUGUGAAAUACUUAGAUGUAAAAAAAAAAAGAGGAAGGAAGAAGGAAAGAAAGAACUCACGCUACCAUAAUUCGGUCAAGCGUGAUAAAUAUGAAACUGUCUUGUUGAACGUAGCAUUAACAAGCAAGAGGCGAAUUUUUUUAUAAACAACGAUACAUAUUGGAAAAUUAAAAAAAAAAAAGAAAUGGGAGAAAGCAAACAUUACUUGAAUAAAAAAAUAAAGAAAAAAAAUAAAAAAAGAACGGAAAUUUCGUUUGCCGCGAGACCUCUGACUAAUCCGUUCGGAAUGCAUUCUAAUCUUUCGAUUUCCUAACAAUCAAGACGAUGUUCUUUAUACUUACAUUAUAUGGCGGCAUGCCUUAUUCCGAUGAAAGUCAACUGAAUGAAUCGCAAUCUCCGAAUUUGUUAAUCGGUCAAUUAUAGUUCGUUUUCUAUAUUCAAGUCUUUCGUGUCGUAGAAAACUUUCCCUCGAAAUUGAAACUUCUUUUUAAAGGAGUAUUGUUUUUAUUGCAGGAGUAGUUAGUGAAUGAUUGGCAUAGUUUUCAAAUUUAACUGAUGAUUGUGCAAUUUCGUGGGACCAAAUGUAGAGAGACAGUCGGAAAACAAUACUUUUCGAGUAGCGGUUGAGAACAUAAUUUCUUUCGUGGUGACAAUAGAAGGCAUAACUGGAAUAGGAAUUUAAUAGUUUUCGAACGUUCAUGCGCUAUUUUCUAAGCUAUGAUUUUUCGCGUCUUAGUCGACGCGUUGGCAUCGCAAUGUGUUCCCGUUCGAGAUCGAUGAAAUUUCUUGUCUAUGAUCAAUGCGAUUAAAGUCGAGCGUUAUUGCGUGUACAUAUCAAUGAAAUUCAUAAUUUCUCGGAAUAAGGUCGUCUUUACAGUCUACACACACCAGAUGUUGUCACGCAUACAUGAAGAUAUGAAGAUGUCUGAAUCGUGCAAAAAAAAUUCGUGUUGUCGCUGAUGAAGCCUCAAUAACAAGGAAUGCAACAAAAUGAAAUCUAACAAAGGUGAUCAUUAAUAAUUCAUUCUUUGUACGAUUUCAUUCUGUCAUCUUUUACUAUUUCAUAAACUUUCAAUAAUAAUUCCUCGCGAUUCUUGCCCUGCUCUAUUUGUCGGAGCAUUCUUCAGUUUUAUCGUUGUUUUUCUUUGGUAUAGAUAGCACAAAAACGCUUGGAAUUUUUACUAAGCCAUGCAAAGGAAGUAUGUUUCAGUGAGUCUUAAUUAUUACUUGUAUAAGGGAUGAAAACAAUACUUGAAUGACAGAUCUGAAAUUAUUCUUCGUUGCGAUUGAAAGCGUUAAACCUGCGAAAUCUAUAAAUAGUUUUAAGUGACAUUGCCGGUGAUUUGUCUUCUGCACACACGAUUUAUUGUUAAUGUCCGUGCAAAGUUCUCGUUAUCUGUUGUCUGAAUUGUCUAUGCUCGAGCAACGCACGUUCAUAUUUCGAAGUGGAUGCGAAUAAUCACAUGUACGGCCGAUGAUCUUGUUUCUUCUUUCAAAAUUCUUUUUCUGUUUCAACGCGCGCGCGGUCGAGCGAAUCUGAUAGUCGACCGACGAGAAGAAGAAGAAGAAUAAAAGAGAGAAAAGAGACACUUUUGCGACAGAAUAAAAAAAGAAUAGUCAUAGUGGGACGAAUUGAAUAGAAUUUAUUGGCCCUUAUUGCGUGUAAUUAAGUCUUUUUCCGUCUGUGAUGAUAAACGAAGAAAAAAAAAAAGACACGAGUCGUCGUUACGCGAGUUCUCGAUCGUGGAACGAGGCAUAUUCGUGAAGCGAUUCGCAUAACGCGUGCCCAUUGCGGUCAUUGAUAUUUUUUCUUAACCCUCUAUAGUCCACUUUCCUAAUUUAAAUUAAACUUAACAAAUCUUCCGGUUCUCUAAGUCGUUUUAAUUAACGAAUUUGGUGCUUCUUAAAAUUAUAGCUGACGAACUGAUGUUGAUGAUACACAAUGGACUGUAGAGGAUUAAAACGCUCGUAUAGAUGCGUUUCUCGAUAUACAUAUAUAUUUUAAUAAAAUUAAAUGUGGUUCGUAGUAAUAUUUUUAAGUGACGUAACAAUUUCGACGAUGUUAUUAAAGGCGAAAACCAACAGUAAAAAGAAAAAAAAAACAAGAAUAAAAAAAGAAAAAAUAUAGAAAUUUAGACAUACAUAUAUAUAUUUUUGAACGUGUGCAUAGGUAUACAUUGAUCAUCGCAUAUGCGAACUAUGCCCGUCACAUUUAUAUAUGUUUGCCAUGUAUCUCGUCGUUGUUCUUUUUUGGGCGGACAUGCUUGGGAACCAAUGUACAGAUAAUACGUGGAUGAAGCUUGCGUAAAUCAGAAAUACCACGAAUUUGUAAGAUUAUUUGGUAAAAGUAAUGUCGGUCCAAGUUAGAGCAGUAGAGUCACGAUCUGCCAGAAAGAUAUUAAUAAGCGCAACCGAAUUAGCCAAAAAGAAAAAAAAAAAAAAAAA